CUAGCGCCGAACUCGGUUCGGUUCCGACAACCGUGUACGUGUUGGGAGAGCACGAGUGAAGCCCAGAACCCACAGCCGAGCAACGGCAGCCAGCAGAGCAGCACACACAUCCGAGAAAAUGCAGAAUUGAUUUUGUUCCGGAACGGUCGGUCGAUCCUGCAGCAGAACGUCUAGCUAGUGGAAGGAAAAAUUUUUCAACCCCCGACUGGACCGGAAUUUCGCGCAAAACUCGCUGAAAAUUGUGAUCCCGACGAAGAUAGUGCUGAUCGCAGUCGCUUGGCGUGGAUUCCGCAGUGAAAGAUGCAUUUUAUUGUGCUGAAAAGAUGGAAAACUAGCCAGGUUCAGCAGGACAGAACUGUUGCAAAGUGAUACACGGGAACAAAAAGUACUGCAGAGGAUCUUCGCUUCUGUGAAAGCAAUUUGGAAUAACGUUCUCGGGAUUACGGAUGGAAUAGAAAAUCGAAUGCUUUUGCUCGGCAAAUAUGUUUAGAAAAUGUGAAAAAUUACUUACUGUGAUCAGUUAAAUGCUCUGUCGAGUUUGGAAAAGGUUGGUGGCUGAUUUGCAGGAAACUUCGAAUGUAAAGAUCCAGGGAAAAUUAUCCAAUUUUGCAGAAUAUCGUGUAGUAGUGUGAGUUAUGUGGGCUUCGGUAUGAGUGAGUGAGCUGUGUGUUCUAUACGGCAAAAGUUUGCGCCAAGCAGAGCCAAGGCGAGAAGGCAUCGUCAAGCAGUGAAGAAGUAGGAAAGGUUAUGUGCUUAUAAAAUAGAGCAUUUGUGUGCCCCUAAGCAAAAGUCAAGCAGUUAAGGAAAGCUGAAGAAUAAAAACUUUGCGAAAAAAAAAAUAACGUGGAUCCCGAAUAGUGGAAGCAAACGCCAGCACCUCGGUAGGAGAAAAAAGGAUUAAAAAUUAAUUUCCGUUGGCCGCUUGCCAGCGAACGGAUAUUUCUGCUGGCCACAACCAGGAUAAACGAAGUUGCCGAGAGGAAGCUAUCGACGAAUUCAACCCGCGCGUGUAUGUGUUCGUGUGCGUGUGAGGGUGGGAGUUUUCGGUGGAUUAUCGCUCUGGUGACAAGAAUACAGCGGCAGCAGCAGCAACGGUAGGCGACUGUUCUUCGCUGUCCAUGUUGCACAUCUGAGCCUGGUGCAGAGUAUGGGCAAAAUUAGUUUAGUGGGACGACAACGGAUCGUUUGCUAUAUUAGGCUGCUCCUGGAACGAGGUCGGGAAAACGGAUUCACAGAACAUCUGCGGCGACGACAGCGGCUUUUAUCUUCUGAAUCAUACCUGGAUGUAUGAAUUUCUGAUUUAAGGUUAGCGGCGUCGCAAGAGGCGGGGCUUGCUGAUAAGGACCGGAAGCAAAUGGGUCCGAAGAAGGGAAAGAAGGGCAGUCCGAGGCAUCGAACCGGCCCACCACCGCCCGGGCCGUCUUCACUGUUCAUUUUCGCCGAGGAUAAUUUCAUUAGGAGAGCAACCAAGUUUAUCAUCGAAUGGCCGCCCUUCGAGUACGCCGUACUGUUGACAAUCAUCGCGAACUGUGUCGUGCUGGCACUGGAGGAGCAUCUGCCCCAAGGCGACAAGACGGUGCUAGCUCAGAAGCUGGAACUAACCGAGAGUUACUUUCUGUGCAUCUUCACGAUAGAGGCCGCCCUCAAGAUUGUUGCACUGGGGCUGGUGCUGCAUGCGGACUCCUACCUGCGCAACAUCUGGAACAUGAUGGAUUUUUUCGUUGUGUUCACGGGGCUCGUCACGUUGCUCCCUCUUCCGCUCGAUGUAGAUCUCAGAACGUUAAGGUCGAUUCGUGUGUUGCGACCGUUGAAAUUAGUUUCUGGAGUUCCUAGUCUACAAGUUGUGUUGAAGUCCAUCAUCAAAGCUAUGGCGCCGUUGCUACAGAUUGGACUUUUAGUCUUGUUUGCAAUCGUUAUAUUUGCAAUUAUAGGGUUAGAAUUUUACUCGGGUGCUCUGCACAAAAGUUGUUAUAGCUUAGAAAAUGCCUUGGAAAUUGUUGAAGAAGGUGAUAUGGCGACGCCUUGUUACGACGACGACGAUACGAUGAACGUCGAACUGCCAGCCGGUGUGCACCUAUGCAAUCAUAACGAGAGUGCGUGUAUCGAGCAAUGGGAUGGACCCAACUAUGGCAUUACGAACUUCGACAACAUCGGCUUCGCCAUGUUGACGGUGUUCCAGUGCAUCACGAUGGAGGGUUGGACUUCAACCAUGUAUUGGACCAACGAUGCUUUAGGCUCAACUUUUAAUUGGGUGUAUUUCGUGCCUUUGAUUAUAAUCGGUUCGUUUUUCAUGCUCAACUUGGUUCUCGGUGUCCUCAGUGGUGAGUUUGCACGUGAAAGAGAAAAAGUCGAGAAUCGGCAGGAGUUUCUGAAGCUCCGCCGGCAGCAACAGCUAGAAAAAGAGUUGAACGGUUUUGUCGAGUGGAUCUGCAAGGCAGAAGAAAUCAUCCUAGCCGAGGAUCGUACGACUGACGAAGAACGAAUGUACAUAAUGGAAGCCCGCAAGAAAGCCGCCGCGAAACGAAAAAAGCUGAAAGCCCUCGGUAAAUCCAAAUCUUCCGAAACUGACGACGAAGAAGCCACAACCGAAUCCGGAGACGAAGGUAUCCUCAAGAAGGAGAAAAAACCAGCCAAGUCUGGUUUCUGGCGGGCGGAAAAGCGCUUCCGGUACUGCAUAAGGCACACGGUGAAAACCCAAUGGUUCUACUGGUUCGUGAUAGUGCUGGUGUUUUUGAACACCAUUUGCGUGGCUGUUGAACACUACGGGCAACCGCCCUGGUUAUCGGACUUUUUAUACUACGCCGAAUUUGUGUUCCUAGGCUUAUUUAUGUGCGAGAUGUUGAUCAAGAUCUACGCGCUCGGACCACGCAUCUACUUCGAGUCGGCCUUCAACCGGUUCGAUUGCAUCGUUAUCGCUGGUUCAAUCUUCGAGGUGGUUUGGUCCGCCUACAAAGAGGGUUCCUUCGGUAUUUCCGUACUGCGAGCCCUCCGGUUGCUGCGUAUCUUCAAGGUCACCAAGUACUGGUCCUCGCUACGUAACUUGGUUAUCUCUUUGCUCAGUUCUAUGCGUUCGAUUAUCUCGUUGCUGUUUUUGCUCUUUCUGUUCAUACUGAUAUUCGCGCUGCUCGGAAUGCAGCUGUUCGGAGGGCAGUUCAUCCUGCCAGAAGGCACACCACCGACUAACUUUAACACGUUCACCAUCGCACUACUCACUGUGUUCCAGAUCCUCACCGGUGAGGAUUGGAACGAGGUCAUGUAUCUCGGCAUUAACUCACAGGGCGGACACAAAAGUGGGAUGAUGUACUCCCUAUACUUUAUCAUCUUGACACUGUUCGGUAACUACACCCUGCUAAACGUAUUCUUGGCUAUCGCUGUCGACAAUUUGGCGAAUGCACAAGAGCUAACCGCAGCAGAAGAGCAGCAGCAGGAACGAGACAAGGAGAAACAGCAAAUGGAACUGGAGAAGGAGAUGGAAGCACUGCAAAAAGCUAAAGACGGUACACCUACUACGGAAGAGUUGGAAGCGGAAAAAGAAAAAGAAGCUAAAAAGGAAGAAAAGAAAGAGGAAGACGAAGAAGAGCAGGCGGAAGGUCCAAAGCCUAUGCUACCGUACUCUUGUAUGUUUAUUUUUUCGUCGACCAAUCCAAUGCGUCGCGCGGCUCAUUGGGUGGUCAAUCUGCGGUAUUUCGACUUCUUCAUCAUGAUAGUCAUCUCGCUAUCUUCGAUAGCACUAGCAGCUGAGGAUCCAGUGCAGGAGGAUGCCCCUCGGAAUCUGGUGCUUAACAAUGUGGAUUACGCGUUCACCUGUGUGUUUGCGAUCGAGUUACUGCUGAAAGUCAUCGAUUUGGGCGUGAUUCUACAUCCGGGAAGCUACUUGCGUGAAAUAUGGAACAUUAUGGAUGCCGUGGUCGUCGGUUGUGCGGUUGUUAGUAUUGGAUUCGACAUCAGCGGUAGUGAUGCCGGUGCGGAUCUGUCUACCAUUAAGUCACUACGCGUACUGCGAGUGCUGCGUCCACUGAAAACCAUCAAACGUGUACCGAAGCUGAAAGCGGUGUUCGAUUGCGUCGUCGGUUCGCUCAAGAACGUCAUCAACAUCCUGAUCGUGUACAUAUUGUUUCAGUUUAUUUUCGCCGUCAUCGCAGUGCAACUGUUCAACGGAAAGUUUUUCUACUGUACGGAUGACAGUAAACACAAUAGCGAUGAAUGCCAAGGUUCAUACUUCGUGUUCGACGAAGUGGACGGACUGCCACGUGCUGCCAAACGUGAGUGGAGAACUCAGUACUUUAACUACGAUAAUGUAGCAACAGCCAUGCUGACGUUGUUUGCUGUGCAGACCGGUGAAGGAUGGCCACAAGUACUUCAAAAUUCGAUGGCAGCUACCUACGAGGAUCAGGGACCGAUUCAAAACUUUCGCAUCGAAAUGUCCAUAUUCUACAUCGUUUACUUCGUAGUGUUUCCAUUCUUCUUCGUGAACAUUUUCGUUGCCUUGAUUAUCAUCACUUUCCAAGAGCAGGGAGAAGCAGAGCUGCAGGAUGGUGAGAUCGAUAAGAACCAGAAAUCCUGCAUCGACUUCACAAUCGGAGCGAGACCACUGGAGCGCUAUAUUCCGACCAAACAUUCCGGGUUCAAGUACACCGUCUGGCGGAUUGUCGUUUCUGCGCCAUUUGAAUACUUCAUUAUGACGUUGAUUGUGUUUAACACGUUACUGCUUAUGAUGAAGUGCCAUGACCAAAACAAAAAACUAGAAAAUUUCAUGAAGUACCUCAACAUGAUAUUCACUGGAAUGUUUAGUGUAGAAACAGUACUGAAAAUAAUUGGCUUCGGAGCUAGGAACUUUUUCAAAGAUGCAUGGAAUGUGUUCGACUUGAUCACCGUUAUCGGUAGUAUAGUGGACGCUCUGAUCUUGCUUCUUUGGGAAAACUCCUUCAAUGUUGGCUUCCUGCGGCUCUUUCGAGCUGCCCGUUUAAUCAAGCUACUGCGCCAGGGUGAUACCAUUCGCAUCUUGUUGUGGACUUUUGUUCAAUCCUUCAAAGCACUGCCGUACGUCUGCUUGCUGAUUGCAAUGCUUUUCUUCAUCUACGCAAUCAUUGGAAUGCAGGUUUUCGGAAAUAUAGAAUUAGAUCCGGACACUGCCAUCAGUCGUCAUAACAAUUUCAGAUCGUUCUUGGACGGUCUGAUGUUGUUGUUUAGAUGUGCAACGGGAGAAUCAUGGCCGAACAUUAUGUUAGCAUGCAUGAAAGGACGACGCUGCGAUCCCCGCGCAAACAAGCCAAAUGAAACCUGCGGAUCGACGCUAGCCUAUGGAUACUUUGUAUCCUUCAUUUUCUUUUGUUCAUUUUUGAUGUUGAAUCUGUUCGUUGCUGUCAUCAUGGACAACUUUGACUAUCUGACAAGGGACUCCAGUAUACUGGGUGCCCAUCAUCUGGAUGAGUUUGUUAGAAUAUGGGCCGAGUACGAUCCGUCUGCUUCGGGGAAACUCCAUUUCACCGAGAUGUUCGACAUGUUGAAAAACAUGGCCCCACCGUUAGGUUUCGGGAACAAAUGUCCAAAUCGGUUGGCGUACAAGAAACUGAUACGAAUGAACAUGCCCGUGGACGAGGAAGGAAGGGUAAGCUUCACGACGACGCUUUUUGCGUUGAUUCGGGAAAACCUCAGUAUUAAGAUGAGACCUGCCGAAGAAAUGGAUCAGGCUGAUAGCGAACUGCGGCAAACUAUCAAACAAAUUUGGCCGAUACAGGCGAAAAAAAUGAUCGACCUUUUGGUGCCACCGAGGGACAUGCUGAACACAGGAAAAAUGACCGUUGGGAAGCUGUACGCUGGAAUCUUGCUGCUGGAAACGUGGCGUAACAACAAAUGCAUACAGCUGGAAUGUGACGCACCAGACUUGCAGGACCGAAAAAGUCACGAAAUCCAGGAAGCCUUCACCGACGAUGGUCUUUUGCAUCCGCCGCACGACCAACGCAAUGGCCAUCGCCGUUCUCCGAGUAUACAGCGAGGCUCAGGGCUGGAACGAUCGCCUAGCCCGCGACAUCUACAUCACGAUAUUGGAUUUUCGGAGACAGUGUCCAACGUGGUGGAGAUUGCACGUAGGGAUCACCUUAUUGGUAGGCACCACUAUGGGCGCUAUAGAUUCGAUAGAGGUUCCUGGUCCGUAGCCACGAGUCCAGCACGGUCCCCAUCGCCGACACGGUUGGACACACAGAUCAGCGCACAUCAUCGGUACAACCGUAGGAUACAUCCUUACGGGACAACCAGUUUAUGCCAGCGAUCUCGAUCACCCAGUCCAGCCCGACUGCAAGAGCUGCGAGAACGAGAGCGUGAGAGGUUCCGAGAAGAAGUUUUGACCCGCCCGUACAUCCAGCACACGUAUCCAGUAUUACAAUCACAUAGAGAUUUCGGAAGAAGACUGCCACCAAGACCAAUUAAACCAACAACACUACAGUUAAAGUCAACUAAUAUUAACUUCCCGCGGUUAAACACUAGUCCUACGCAUCAGAGUCUCCACCUAUCGCUAAAUACACACUCGCUGCCAUACGGUGUUCAUUCGCUGCCCAAUUCACGGGGCGAAAUAUCGCGCGAUCCUCGUAUCUACCAUCACACGGAGAGCGAACGGGAUCGGGAGCGCGAGCGCCUGCGGGAACGGGAACGGGACUACGGUUCGCGGUACGUGUUUCGGGACACGGAACGGGAACUGUUCGAAAUCGAGCGCGAGCUGGAGCGAGCGCGGGAUUCCGCUCGAGACACGGAAUAUGAAAGGGUUGAACCGCUCUCGUACGAGCACCUGUACAAUCUGGGGCGUACCGGUGGUAGCACCUUCGGUUCGUCGACGCUGAAUGGCUAUAAACCCAAAGUUGGCAUGCAUUCGAUUUACUCAGAAUCGGAUGAAGGCGAUUGGUGCUAGCAGCGGUUGGAGUAUAAUCAAAUUCCAAGGGCCAAUAAUAUCGACAAGAACGCUACCGACGCAGAACAUACGGACAGUCCGACCGUCACGGACCCUGACCAUACAACAAUGCACACUCAAUCAGCUGGCAAAAGCAUUAACAUGAACUACUACAAUCACUUCGAUGACGUGAAGACUACAGUGAGAGCAGUGAGGGCAUCCCUCGGACGACUGCGCAACCUAGUGAUAGCGGUAACGGUGUACCAGUGUAACAAAUACGCGAGGAUCAUUGUCAUUAUCCUUGGCAUAAUCGAAAAUAAAAUGGAUCGUCGAGCUGAGAACAAAUUCACUAGCGAGCAGCGGAACACCAUUCAUCAAAAACACCAAGUAAACCUAACGCCAUCUUCACCCAAUCCCCAUGGAGCAUCCCAUGUGGGGUGUAGCAUUGCAUAUUUCCAGUUUUUUUCUUGCAACAACAUAGGAUUACAUCCACUCGGCAAAUAGAAACCGUAUGUAGACGAAAAGGUAAAACGAUCCAUCCAAAAAAAUCGAAAACUAUAAAAGAAACUAAAAAUUGUAUAGCAACAAAUUUGAAUCCUAACUUUCAUCAUAUAGCAAACAAAUUUUCCUUACACAAGCCAACUGGUUGGAAUGCAUACCCUUUCAUUCGUUCAGUGCGAGAACAAACUUUUCAAUCUCUCGUAUCUUAAGAAAGAUAAAAAACAAACAAAAUAAUCAAUUUAAAUAAUUAUCUCAAGUAAACCAGAACUAGUCUAGUUUAACGGAAUUGUUGCCGCUUAUUCUUAUCUCAAAAAAAAAAUAAUACAGAAUAAAAAUGAAUAAUGAAUAAUAAUGAAGGUGCACUUUCUAGCACAACUGCUGACGCGUGAAUCUACCGAAAUACGGUCCACGAAUCAGCGGUUGCGGAAGUUACGAGUACUAGAGUACUAUUCGAUAAAAGCAUGGUGGUACGAACCGGAACGGCACCAUCCUUCAACGGCACAUUCGAACGGAUUACGUUACUUGCACUCUCACAAAAUAUCGAUUGAUAAAACUCGUCCACAGUAGAUUGCAUUGAUUUUGACUCAUUAUUAUUAUUAGUACUGUUUUUAUUGGAACCAGCUAUGAUAGAGUAGGCUCGCUUUAGGCUGUAAGGUUAGGAACAGGAGCACGCAUCACGAGCAAGAGAUGUUUAGAAUUGUUGAAAGCCAACAAUAUUAAUUACGCAGGUUGUUACACACACACUAGUAGGAAUUGACAAGCUACCGAAUAAGCAGUGUUUCUCCCGUUGAUAGAGAAGAGGUAUAUUUUUACAUUCCGAUAUAGAUUUCAAUUUAUCGUAGGAGAAGACAUAUCGGCCGUUAUGUUAUAUCAUCGUGUAACGUUAGGCACUUUUCUCGUACGAGAAUGAUGCUAAUGAUGAUGUUUUCUCUUACUAUAUAGUAGCAACUUUUUAUCCAUCGUUAAUUACAUCUUAUAAGAGACAGAGUUAUCGCCUAUUGCUUUUUAAUGGUUUAGAUGUUGAUGUGAAUUUUUGUUCACCUUGAAAGUUUGAACAAUUUUGGUUACCACUUCAAUGUAUAUUUCCAUUUGUUCCAGUGUAUUGAUGGAUGAUAAAACUCCUGUGUCACGAAAGAGUUUCGGUUGGAUGGUUUGAAAAAAGUUUUUAGAGGUUCAAAUAGCGAGUUCAAACCAAAUUUAAUUUUUUUUUUUUCGAUAUGAACGAAAUUUUAAACAUGUUUUUAGUAUAAGAGAUCAUAAUUUUUCUGAUGGCUGGUCGUGCGCCAUUAUUAACCAUUUUUAUCAAAACCGUUUUCGCUCGUAUUUACGACAUGUUAAAAGAUAUUCAAGUUCUAUUUACAUCACUCUGUUUCAAUAAACUUUUCCAAAUUAUUAGAAUCUUAAAGAUUACCCUUUUUCUAGAAGAAAAAAACUGUCAAUCUAAAUUAAAUUAGAAACGAAUAUUCAUAAAACCGAAACUUUUUCGUGUUUAUAAUAUAGUUUUCCUUUCUAAACUACAGUUUCUUAUCAACAAAUGUAUUACUGGAUGAAAAUUUCGUUUUUUUUUUGUUUGGACUAGGAUGCACAAAAGUUAGUUACCACAAGUUAGCUCAAAGUAUGCAAUUACGAACGACUUUCUGUAAACUCACAAUAAAAUUUAUUCCAAGAAUGCAACAUCAGACGGAACUAAGCUUUAAUUCAGCAUUCUAAAUGAUGAAAGCAAAUAUUUUAUCGUUUAAGACAAACAAACGCAGAUACUGCAACUUCAGUGUAACAUUUCACGCAAAACAGCGCACUACUACUACUAUUACUACACUACUACUACUGUUGCUAUCACUACGACUACUACAAUAAUUCGUCCAUUACAAUCAAGGCAAAUGUGACUCAAAGCGAAACGGGAGAGUUUGGAUGUGAUAUAAGUUGAACAUUACAAGCAAACUUAUUAGUUUUCUCUCCGAGUUCAAAAGACAGCCGGACUUUACUUGUAUCCUAAGUGAGUCGUAAAUUUGCUUUACUAUUCAAUCACUCAAGAUUACCAAGUCGUUAAAAAAACUACAAAUCGGAGAGAUAAAAAAUCAUUUUUACUCAUCGUUUCUGUAACAAACAUAUGAUAACGGAUACAAAACAAAGAUUACAGUUGAGAUAGUGAUACAUUAACAGUUCAACAGAUCGUUAAGCGCGCAUAGAUAAAUCAUUCGUCGAGUUAUUACCAAUUAAAAAUUGCAUAUUUCAUUCCAUAGUAGUUAUUAGGAAUUUGAAAUCCAAGCAACUUAAGCUAGUGAAAUAUUUGAUACGAAAUAACAAGCAGUCGGCUGUACAUAACAGAGGAGUAAGCAACCUAAGUUAAUAGGAGUUUUUACUAAGCGAUACAAACUUUUAGAUAUUCGAUAAAAAAAAAACAUAGCUUCAUCUUUGAGAGGUAUUUUGAUCGAUAGAUGCGCAAUCAUGCUUAAGUAUCAGAGUAGUGCUUCUUGGCUAUGCAUUUCAACGAUGUAGUUUUAAUUUAAACACAGUAGAAAGCUGCCAUCUAUUUUCGAAAUUUACACCUACAGAGAGAAAUGCGCAAUUAGUACAACGUUUCCUAACACUAUCAACUUAACACAGUGAAAGUUAAAUUUUCGUCACACUGAAACUACUGGAACUUUGGCAUUACUCGCACAGCCACAUUUCAUCACUAGCUGAAACAGACAAGCCGCAAAUAGCCUCCCUUAUCCACUAUUAGGUAAAGUAUUUCGACGCUUCAACGAGUACGUAAGCACACUAAACCAACCGUAUGACGAGAGGAAGAAACGAAAAAUACCAAACUGCCACUAAUCUUACUUUUACAUGAUACUAUACUUACGAAACGCCCGGGCGAUCAUCUGCGAACAGAAAAAUGAUAUGAAAUUACCGCGAUUCCAAGCAAACGCCAUUCAAGCAAAACAAAAAAAAAGAGAGAAACUCGAACACAAAGUAAUAAAGCAUUCCAGUCAUAUAGAGCAAUUCAUUAUUUAUAUAAAAUAAAUACAAUUGAAAGUAAAAAAAAGGACCGGCACAUUUUCUUUUUGAGCCUGACAUCCGAAGAGUGAAAUUCAUAACGAUAAAUCUACGCAUAUAUAUACUCGAAAUUGAACGCUAUAGAAAGUUACACAUCGAUUCGCCUAGAAUAUAUACCUACACGAAAUGCAAAUAAAAGUGAGGAUUAUUAUAAAAGAAAAUUUUUACUCAAACAAAUUGACUCAACCAAUCGGCCACUUCCGGACCGUGCAGGCCUGCGACACAAGUUGCCGAUUGAUCUGUAGCGUAGCAAACAAAGUUAAAAUAAAACAGGAAAUCGAGAGCAAACAUUAUUCGCACAUUUGUAAAUUUUUCACUAUUUUAUAUUUCGCAAUGUAUAUUUCAGAAGAAGAAAAAAAACGCAUUGAAGUCAAGUUGCAAAAUAAAGAAAAAUAGAGAGAAAAUAAA